AUGUCCACUAGUAAAUUAGAUGCAGUUUACCGUAGUAUACUAAUCACAAAAUUUUUCACGAAAGGUUGGGGAAAACCAGAAAACCUUCGUAGGUUAUUUGAGUUUAGAAAAGUUGUCUCCAAUCGAGAUGAAUGCUUUAAAUUGGUAGAAAAAGAUUACCCUGUAACAAUUACCAAGGAACAAAACCUGUCAGAUUGUCGUCUUCUGGAGGGCUACUUUGUUACUCCAAUGGAAAGACAUUUACCUGGUAUAGUCCCAAAAAUUGCACAAAAGGCACAUUUUCAAAUGUUAUUACCUAAUCAUUGGCCAGAAUCCUCAUGCAAACCUGUCUGUUUACAUCUUGCUGGUACUGGUGACCAUUAUUUCUGGAGAAGAAGAAAUUUAAUGGUCAAACCAUUGCUAAAAGAAGCCGGCAUUGGUGGUAUCAUAUUAGAAAAUCCAUUUUAUGGCCUCCGCAAACCAACUGAUCAAGUGCGUUCUUCCUUACAUAAUGUGUCGGACAUUUUCGUGAUGGGCGGUUGUUUAAUUCUUGAAUCGUUGGUUCUUUUUCAUUGGUGUGAGCGUAAUGGUCUGGGCCCGCUUGGAGUCACCGGAUUAUCAAUGGGUGGACAUAUGGCCUCUCUGGCUGCCACAAAUUGGCCGAAACCACUAGUAUUAGUUCCUUGUUUAUCGUGGUCUACUGCCUCUGCUGUGUUUUUACAGGGUGUAAUGUCACAUUCAAUUAAUUGGGAUUUACUCGAAGACCAAUAUUUAUCUGAUGGUACAUACAGGGAAAAGCUAUCAAAAAUGGUUACUAUUGUAGACGAGGCCUUUUUGGCGGGAAAGAAGUUUGCUCAAACAUACUCACAAAGAAUGGACACACAGACAGAAGACCCAAUAGUAAAAACGGUUAAUCUGGAGCCAAAUUAUCCUGUCGAUAUAACGUUUAAAGAAAAAACCAUUUCUAAAAUUAAAGAAAAAAGGAAAGUGCCUAUAGAAAACGAGUCUUUUGCUCAAAAAGAGAAUUUAAAUGAAAAGUUAAAAAUAUUGUUAGAAGAGGAGAAAAUUAGUCAGAAACUUUAUGAUAAGUUGACGUCGGAUGAGAAAUUUGAGUUGGACUCCCAGGAUAUUGAGAUUAUAAAUAAAUUGACUGAAGCUAAAAUAAGGGAGGUGCUCUUGAAAUGUAAAGUUGAAACCAAAUGCGAUGUUCCUAAACCUAAUUCUACAGACUCGAAAACAGAGUCAAAAAUCUUAACAAGCAACACUGUAUCUGAAGAAAUCAUAGAUAAACCAAAGCCGGAGAGAAAAUCAUGGAACGUAUCAGAUCUUACCUCGGAUCUAUGGGUUAAUCUGCCUUUCAUGAAAUCAAGUGGGAAAAAGAUAGAUAUUGGAAAAAUACAUUGGAGGGACAGAGAGGCACUUCAAUUUAUGAGAGGGAUAAUGGAUGAAUGUACGCACUUGAGCAAUUUCUCUGUGCCCUUUGACACUUCGCUGAUCAUAGCUGUGUGCGCAAAACACGACGCGUACGUACCGAGAGAGGACGUUGGGGCCUUAGAGGAGAUCUGGCCAGGGGUGGAAGUGCGUUAUGUGGACGCAGGACACGUUUCCGCCUACAUCCUGCAUCAGUCGUUAUUCAGAUCAUGUAUACGGGAGGCCUUCGAACGGUCAAAGAAGAAAUGGAAAGAUGGACAACAUAUCGAAUGA